GUCAUACACGACUUCAGAGUUUCACUCAAGCAGCCCACAUCUCUCGCUCAAGGUAUCAGCUGCGCAAAGUGUCAUCUUUUCAACAGUGGACCAGUUCUUAACUUGUAUCGCUCCUGUGAUUUAGUCGAUAUAGUAGUAUUCAGCUUGGGACCAUCAUACCUAACGAUCAACUCGACCACCAUUCAUUCAUAAUUCUGCCAAAAGGAAGAAAAAAAAGAGGAAAAUGUCGCGCCAAAGUACCCUGGACUUGGACCGCUACAGCAGCCUGAGUAACAGUCAGACCCGCCGCACAACCACCAACAGCACCAAGACCAGGAGCCUGUCCCGGGGACAGGAGAGGACCGGGGAUGUCAUGUGUGACUUCUGCACUACCAGAAAGGAGCGGGCGGUGAAGUCGUGCCUGGUGUGCCAGGCCUCCUUCUGCGAGGACCACGUCCAGUCCCACUACGAGUACCCGGCGCUGAUGAAGCACAAGCUAGUGAAGGCCACGGGUCAGAUGAGGGAGAAGCUCUGCGCCCAGCACGAUAAGCUACUGGAGGCCUACUGCCGCACCGACAACACGUCCGUGUGCGUCCUUUGCAUGAUGGACGAGCACAAACACCAUGACACCGUUCCCGCCGGGACAGAGAGGACCGAGAAGCAAAAACAGCUUGGCAAUACUCUUCACAAAUCUCAACAGAGGAUUGACGGGCGAGUGAAAAAGUGGCAGGACCUCAAACAAGCUGUGGAAUCAGUAAAACAUUCAGCCCAGACAGCCCUGGAUGAAAACGAACGUAUCUUCACUGAGAUUCUGCGCACCGUGGAGAGGAAGUUCAUCGAAGUACGCGAGAUGAUCGAAUCCCACGAGAAGAUCACUAUUUCAAGGGCCGAGAUACUGCUUGACCGCCUGGAGGAGGAAAUAACCCUGAUGAGGAAGAAACACAACGACCUAGAGAAGCUCUCACACACUGACGACCACAUCCACUUCCUCCAUAGUUGGCAGGCUCUGUCUGGACCAUCAGGAUAUGAGGACCUCAACAACGUAGUAGUAGCUCCCAACUACUCCUUCGAGGCCACCAAGAGAGCCAUCGCUGCCCUGAAGAUGGAGGUGGAGGAGGCCACCAAGGCAGAGACCAGCAAGAUCUCUUCCGCAGUGAAAGAGGUGCACAUAACAAAACAAAUGGACACGAAGACAGAGAGAGCAGAUGACACAGUAGUGGUCAGCGAGCCUCGACGGGAACCACAACGGGAACCACAACGGGAACCACAACGGGAACAACAACAACAACAACAACCAAGGACCAGACAAGAUUUCCUCAAAUAUGCUUUCCAGUUGAUCCUUGACUCAAACACCGUCCACCCUAAUCUUCAACUCUCUGAUGGAAACAAGACGGCUACCAUGGUGCAGAACCCCAAAAAUUAUUCCAGCCACCCUGAGAGGUUUGACCAAUGGCAACAAGUUCUUGGAAGAGAGAGUGUGAGUGGCAGUCGUUACUACUGGGAGGUGGACUGGAGAGGGACGGAGACUGACGUCGCAGUGACCUACAGGGGCAUCAAACGCAAAGGCAGCGGCAACGAAUGCAGCCUUGGUUGGAAUGAGAAGUCCUGGAGCCUCUAUUGCUCGGAGUCCAAAUACUCCUUUGUGCACAACAAUAAGAGCACAGAGUUAGAGGUGCCAAGGUCAUCCCGGGUCGGAGUUUACCUGGAUUACAGAGCAGGGAUCCUUGCCUUUUACAGUGUUUCUGAAAGCAUGAUCCUGCUGCACAAGAUCCAGACUUCUUUCACCGAGCCCAUCUACCCUGCCUUUAGCGUGUGGGGCUUCGGUUCUAGUAUCAAACUGCUGUAGUGCAGGGCAGGCUAUUUAUUAUACAUGAUAUGGUUGGUUGUUGUUUUUUCUUUACAACUUUUUCUUCCAUCAUAAAUGUUUACUGUUGGAUUUUUUUUUUUUAAAUGUAUGAUCAUCAGACCUUUUUAUCGUGUGUCUAGUUGAACAAUAAGCAGUUAAAUUAUGUAAUUUUGUCUACUGAUCGGUGAUCUGUUCCCCGCUGUUUUAACUUUCAGGUUUUAUUGCAUUUUGUGUAUUUAUUUUAUUAUUCAUUUUUCGUUCAGUUGUAUGAGGAUUUCUCAUCAACGUUGCAAUGAGAAAUCUACUCAUGAUUGGUCGGGGUUGGGGGAUAAUCUGAUAGUCGAUAUUGUGGUGGGAAUAACAGUUGAAUAGGCUACUAAUACAACUUUGAAUAAAAAAUAAAUCAAAACUAUAUAGAUGUUCUUAUAUGUUCUAAUGUAAAGGUACAUGUUUUGGUUAUUACCCAGCUAGUCCAAUUAGGUUACCAAACUGUCCGGGAACCUUUAUUUAAAUUAUUGUUAUUCCCGGCUGAUCUAAAACUAUCUACUACUAUACUACUACUAAAACUAUUCUUAUAUGUUCUAAUGUAAAGGUACAUGUUUUGGUUAUUACCCAGCUAGUCCAAUUAGGUUACCAAACUGUCCGGGAACCUUUAUUUAAAUUAUUGUUAUUCCCGGCUGAUCUAAAACUAUCUACUACUAUACUACUACUAAAACUAUUCUUAUAUGUUCUAAUGUAAAGGUACAUGUUUUGGUUAUUACCCAGCUAGUCCAAUUAGGUUACCAAACUGUCCGGGAACCUUUAUUUAAAUUAUUGUUAUUCCCGGCUGAUCUAAAACUAUCGUGCAUAAAACCAAUUAAUGUUCAAGGAAGGUUAUUUUCUUUCACGUUCCCAAACAGCAAGAUCUUCUUAAAAUGAAACAGAUAUCAGAGAAGACUGGUUUACCAAAGAGGCGACCAGCAGGAUACUUCGGGGGUAGGCCUACGUCUAUAAAUGACACUCAAAAACGAUAACGUCACGCGAUUUGAUGACUUUUGGAACGUUCAUUCGAAUAAAUACAAAAAAAGAACAUGACAUGUGGUUUUAAGAAGGGUUUUGAAAAUGAUAUUUGAACAAAGACAUCUGCACAAACUUCUUUGAAGAUUGGGAGGGUUACCUAAAAGGCCAGCUCAGGGGAUCGUUAUUAAAAUGACUAAGAGUCCCAAAUAACGUUAGCCUACUUCAUGUGGUUAUUAUUACGUUUUGGGAACGCGACUGUGCAAAACAAUUCUUCACAUACUUAGAACGCUGUGGGAAGGUUAUAUAUAACAAACAAUAAAUAGGCUUGAACCAGAAGUCAUGCAUAACGUUUGCACGUGGUAACGCACCAGUAUCUUGCUGUCAUUUCAUUGUGAAGAGAAACUCAAGAUCUGUAGAGCCCGCUGAACGCACAGACUCACGACGGGAGAGCGCCGAGGAGGG